UAGUCGACCGGUAACCAUGGUAGCUUCGGGCGUUCCGAUGGAGGAGGAAGAGCUCCAGAAGGCGGUGGUCGCGUACCUGAGGAAGAAGGGCUUCACCAAAACCGAGAUCGCCCUGCAGGAAGAGCAGCAGAACCGCCUCUCCUCUUCCUCCCACACGGAUCUCCCCUUAUCCAGAUUAGAGAAUGAUCCGGCACGAUAUAGCGGUGGUUAUAGCAAGCUAAGAUCAUGGGCUUACAGUUCACUGGAUCUGUACAAGCAUGAACUACUCCGUGUGCUCUAUUCAGUGUACAUCCACUGCUUCAUGGAUCUUGUGGCAGAAGGUCAUAUGCGAGAUGCUCGGACUUUUUUCCAAACUUUCCGUGAAGAUCAUGAACUUAUGCAUUUGAGGGACUUGCAGAAAUUGGAAGGCAUUCUUUCUCCCUCACAUUUGGAGGAAAUGGAACUAGCUUGUUCUUUGCGGCAGAACAAAGUUAAAAUAAAAAUAUGUCAGUAUGCGUACGACCUCCUCCUUCAGUACCUUCAGAAGACACAGUCUCUUACCAUUCUUGGGAUAAUCAAUGAGCGUAUCAAUUUUGAAGUCUCCCCUGGACAGCCCAUCUCAAUUUCUGAUGACAUGGAGGUUGUAGCUCUAGUCGGAAGUAAUCAUGAUCUAGCUAAACAGAUAAAUCAGAAGGAAGUUCGUUGGGGGUUGCUUGAAGAUUCAGUUGAAGAUCGCCUGGAGAAGGCAAAUUCAGAUUCUGAAAAGGCUGAGGCUGAAAAUAAGGAGCUUGACCCAGAAGAUAACAAGAAGAGGUCUGUGGAUGGAGGAAAGCAAGCUGCUCCAGUGAAGAAACCGAAAAAGGACAAGCUUGUAGGUGCGACGGGGAAAAAUGUUCGCUCGGAGACAAGCACUGCCCCUGUGGCCCCUCGAGUAAAACCAGAUCUAACUUUGCCCAUAAUGCCCAUGGAAGUAGAAAAAGCAAUUCUGGAGGAUCUACGUAAUCGUGUGCAAUUGAGUAGCUCAACGCUGCCAUCCAUAUGCUUCUAUACUUUCAUCAACGCACAUAAUGGAUUAAAUUGUUCAGCUAUAUCCCAAGAUGGGUCAUUGGUUGCUGGUGGAUUUUCUGAUUCAUCUCUGAAGGUGUGGGACAUGUCAAAGAUUGGCCAAUCAGCUAAACCUGGAGAAAAUGAUUCCAUUCCAAGUGAGCAUUUUUUGGGAACAGAGGGUGAAGGGUCCUAUACGUUAUUUCAUGGUCACUCUGGUCCUAUAUAUUCAGCUACCUUUAGUCCUCUUGGAGAUUUUCUGUUGUCUUCCUCAUCAGAUUCCACCAUUCGAUUAUGGAGCACCAAUCUUAAUGCAAAUCUUGUCUGCUACAAAGGGCAUAAUUACCCUGUAUGGGACGUGCAAUUUAGCCCUGUCGGCCACUAUUUUGCUAGUUCUUCACAUGAUCGGACUGCUAGGAUUUGGUCCAUGGACAGAAUCCAACCUCUAAGAAUAAUGGCUGGACAUCUUUCUGAUGUUGAUUGUGUGCAAUGGCAUGCCAAUUGCAAUUAUGUUGCAACUGGUUCUAGUGACAAAACUGUCAGAUUAUGGGAUGUACAAAGUGGGGAAUGUGUACGCAUUUUUAUUGGUCAUAGGAGCACAGUUUUGUCAUUGGCAAUGUCUCCUGAUGGGCGAUUUAUGGCUUCUGGUGAUGAAGACGGUACCAUCAUGAUGUGGGACCUCUCAAGUGGUCGUUGUAUUUCACCAUUGAUGGGGCACAGCUCAUGUGUCUGGACACUUGCUUUCAGUCGUGAAGGAUCACUGCUUGCUUCUGGUGCAGCUGAUUGUACAGUGAAAUUAUGGGAUGUCACUACCAGCAUGAAGGGACAAAAGAUAGAGGAGAGCAAACCUAGCAGCAUUAAUCGGCUGAGACUAUUGAAAGCUCUCCCUACCAAAUCCACACCUGUAUAUACAUUGCAGUUUUCAAGGAGGAAUCUUUUGUUUGCUGCUGGAGCACUUUCAAAGUGCUAAUGGAAAUGCUGUUUGAGUUGCAUAUGACAUGGAUAUAGAAUCUGCAUCGCUAGAAGUGGUGACUAUUUCUGAUGGGAGAAAGAAACUGGAGCAGCCCGCUAUCCAGCAGUGGAUGUCGAGCUUCAAGUUGUUGGCUGUUCUUGAAAAAUGUGGUACUGAUCGAUGCAAACAGCAUAUGUAGGUGAGGUGAUGGGAGCGCUGCCAUUGUUUGUUUGCAACAUUCAGACAGCUGAAUCUAAUAUGGACAGGAAUUUCUGUUGAAGCCUUGAAAUUGUUAACAGAUCAGGGUUCUUAAAAUUUGAUUUGUGUCCCCUUCAAUUGUUCAUGAAGCUGAGCCUUCACAUAUAUGAAUGCUAAUUUAGACCUUUUCAAUCUCCUAGACUCGUGAUAUGAAUGUAUGUGAAUUAGUUCUAGGGGUCUGAAGGUAUUUACUUGAGAUUUUUAAAUUUAAAAUUAUUCAUUUUAUGCA